AUUCAUAGGCCCAAAACUGUUAAAACCAGUCAAAACCACAAAACCCUCUCAAAACCUUCGGGCCGCCACCAUCUCCAUUUCUCUACCACGACCACCGCCCGCCCGCCAUGGCCCGAUUAUGGAGAGGAUCGCGCCGCCUCAUCUCCAUCUAUUCACCGAAGACGACAAUAUCACCAAAGUCUCAUUCUCCGACCACCGCACUCCUCCUCGGAAACUUCCAGCUGCGUCAAUUUUCAAACCCAGCACGCGCCAAAGAAGAGAAAGAGGCAUGGUGGAAAGAGCCCAUGGAACGUGUCCGGAACAUCGGAAUCUCGGCUCAUAUUGACUCUGGUAAAACCACGCUCACUGAGCGUGUGCUCUACUACACCGGGCGUAUCCAUGAGAUUCAUGAGGUUCGUGGCCGUGAUGGUGUUGGUGCUAAAAUGGAUUCCAUGGAUUUAGAGAGAGAAAAAGGAAUUACUAUUCAAUCAGCUGCCACGUAUUGUACUUGGAAGGGCUAUCAGGUGAAUAUAAUUGAUACACCAGGACAUGUGGAUUUCACUAUAGAGGUAGAGAGGGCAUUGCGUGUGUUGGAUGGUGCAAUUCUUGUUUUGUGUAGUGUUGGUGGAGUUCAAAGUCAAUCUAUUACAGUUGAUAGACAAAUGAGGAGAUAUGAGGUUCCCAGACUUGCUUUUAUUAAUAAACUUGAUCGAAUGGGAGCUGAUCCGUGGAAAGUAUUGAACCAGGCAAGGUCUAAACUGAGGCAUCACAGUGCAGCAGUGCAAGUUCCAAUUGGGUUGGAGGAUCAUUUUGAAGGUCUUGUUGAUCUUGUGAAGAUGAAAGCUUAUUAUUUCCGUGGUUCAAAUGGUGAAAAUGUUGUUACUGAAGAAGUGCCAGCUGAUAUGGAGGCUUUUGUUGCAGAAAAGAGACGCGAACUAAUAGAAGUGAUUUCUGAAGUUGAUGAUAAACUAGCUGAUGCUUUUCUUGCAGAUGAGCCUAUAUCAUCUGCUGAUCUCGAGGAGGCAAUUCGCAGGGCUACUGUUGCACGGAAAUUUAUACCAGUAUUUAUGGGCAGUGCAUUCAAGAACAAGGGAGUCCAAUCACUUCUAGAUGGUGUGCUUAGUUAUCUGCCUUGUCCUAUUGAAGUCAAUAGCUAUGCUCUUGACCAAUCCAAAAAUGAAGAGAAGGUCGCGUUGACUGGAAAUCCAGAUGGGCGACUCGUGGCAUUAGCUUUUAAACUAGAGGAAGGGCGUUUUGGUCAAUUAACAUAUCUAAGAAUCUAUGAGGGUGUCAUUCGCAAGGGUGAAUUUAUAGUGAACGUUAACACAGGCAAGAAGAUAAAGGUUCCUCGCUUGGUUCGGAUGCAUUCUGAUGAAAUGGAGGACAUUCAAGAGGCAAAUGCUGGGCAAAUUGUUGCUGUGUUUGGCGUGGAUUGUGCUUCAGGAGAUACUUUUACGGAUGGAUCAAUCAGAUACACUAUGACCUCCAUGAAUGUUCCUGAGCCAGUUAUGUCGUUAGCUGUUCAACCAGUUUCGAAAGACUCUGGUGGACAAUUUUCGAAAGCUUUGAAUCGUUUUCAGAAAGAGGAUCCAACUUUCCGUGUUGGUUUGGAUCCUGAGAGCGGGCAGACAAUUAUUUCUGGAAUGGGAGAGUUGCAUUUGGACAUAUAUGUGGAACGUAUUCGAAGAGAGUACAAGGUUGAAGCAACUGUUGGGAAGCCUCGUGUGAACUUUAGAGAAACCGUUACUAAACGUGCAGAAUUUGAUUACUUACAUAAGAAGCAAACUGGAGGACAAGGUCAAUACGGAAGAGUAACCGGGUUUAUUGAGCCACUUCCGGAAGGCUCACCAACCAAAUUCGAGUUUGAAAACAUGAUGGUCGGACAAGCUAUACCAUCAGGAUUUAUACCUGCAAUUGAGAAGGGAUUUAAAGAAGCUGCCAAUUCGGGUUCUUUAAUAGGGCAUCCAGUCGAAAAUGUCCGCAUUGUUUUAACAGAUGGUGCUUCCCAUGCUGUGGAUUCUAGUGAGCUUGCAUUUAAAUUAGCAGCAAUAUAUGCUUUUAGACAGUGCUAUACAGCUGCGAAGCCUGUUAUAUUGGAGCCUAUCAUGCUGGUGGAACUGAAAGUACCAACAGAAUUUCAGGGUACUGUAGCUGGUGAUAUUAACAAGAGGAAAGGUGUGAUUGUUGGAAAUGACCAGGACGGGGAUGACUCUGUAAUAACUGCCCAUGUUCCUCUAAACAAUAUGUUUGGGUACUCCACAUCUCUUCGGUCAAUGACACAGGGAAAAGGUGAAUUCACUAUGGAAUACAAAGAACAUUCAGCUGUUUCACAGGAUGUGCAAAUGCAAUUGGUAAACACCUACAAGGCAAGCAAGGCCACCGAAUAAAUAGAUGGGGAUUUUGUCAAGGUUCAUGCCCCCUAUAUUCUUUAUACCAGUCAUAAUUUUAUUCAAUUACAGGAUUCUAUAGGUGAUAAGUUUCGUCAAUUAAUUUUGGACAAUAAGAAAUUUGAAUGAAGUUUGGUCAAUCAAUUUUGGACAAUAAUAAAUUUAGAUUUCUAUGUGGCUGACGUGUAAAUUAACCCUACUUACCAAAACAAGUUGGAAUUAUGUAUCAAAAGUUGGCAAUUCAAUAUAUUUAUGGAAUGUUAAUUCCUGGUUUUCCUCUC